AUGGAGCGGGCGACGCGAGGCUCAGAGGCCAGGGGCUCCAGGCCAAAGGUUCAUGGCCCGCUGGCGAGCUCGGCAGGGAAACCGGGAGAGGAGGUGGGGGGCGCUCGGCGCGGCCGGAGCUCAGAGUCCCACGCGCGGUGUGCGCGCUCCGCGCACCAUGGCUCGGUGGCAAGGAGGCGACGCCGGCACGGUGGCGCUGGCGGCCCUGGAUCGCAGGGCUGGCGCAGUCCCGGCGCUGAUGCCGCUACCUGCCCGCUCAGCCUCGGCGCCCUCGCCCGGCCGCAGCCCUGGGAGCAGUGCCCGGGGGCCCCCGCGGGAGCACUCAGUGCGCCCCCGCGCGCCGCGCCGCCGCUCCCACUCGUAGCAUCCUCCCCCUCCAAGUUUGGCGUCGGUCGCCGGCCAGCGAUGCUCCCCUGUUUCCCGGCGAGCCGAGCCGGGCCGGCCCAGUGCGGUCAAGUGGGGAAGCAGACUGGACGCGCGGGACCUGAGACCCUAGCCGCGAGCCGCCUAGACGUCGGUCCUCCGGGAGCGAGCUCUCCCCGGGAACUUUGUCUCCGGCUGCCGGCGCCUGCGUCUGCGAGGCCGUGGCGCCUCCCGCCCGCCGCUCUCGCCUCCCUUCUCCUCCCCUCCCGCCCCUCCUCCCCAGCACGUGUACUCCUCCCCUAG